AAGUAACCACAUUUUUAAUGUGGUAUUUCUACACAGGCGAUAUCAUCGGCUGCCCUUCACUUCCCAGCAACACCCUUUCAAAAUGGCAGCCAACAGUAGCAACACGGGUACGAAAUCCGGCAGCACUGCCGGAGGUAAACAGUCCGGUCCCUCCGCUGAACAGGUGGUGGCAACAUUUCAAAGGAUGCGUCAGGAACAGCGCAGCAUGGCCUCCAAAGCGGCAGAGUUGGAGAUGGACAUUAAUGAACACAGCUUAGUCAUUGACACCCUGAAGGAUGUGGAUCCAUCCAGGAAAUGCUUUCGUCUCGUUGGUGGAGUGUUGGUGGAGAGAACCGUGAAAGAAGUUUUACCGGCGCUGGAAACAAACAAAGAACAGAUAUCCAAAAUAAUUGAGUCCAUCAACACAAAGAUGCAGGACAAAGGGCGUGAGCUGACAGAGUACAGGGAACGCUACAACAUUCGCUUGGUGGGCGAGGGUGACGGAGAAGCACAAGGCCAAUCAACGUCCUCCACCAACAGCGAAGGAAGUGCCCCGAAAAGCGGAGCGGGUGUUUUGGUUUCCUAGUUUUUGACUGUAUGCUUCUAUGUUAGCAUUUCACAUAUUGAGGACAGUUGCAGUUUAAAAGGAAUUUGCCUUUGCGUUGUUGCAUUUUCAAAAUGUCAGAUUACGGACUGUUAAGUUGAAAAUAAGAAAACUGAUUUCAUAGUGCUUCAAUAUGGUUUACAGCCAUAAAAGUAUCAGAAAACCGUUUUGUUAUUACAACCUGGAAGAUUAAAUGUUCUCAUGAAACACAAAA